CCUGCACCGUUCAAGGCUGCUUGUCCCCUGAGACUCGCCCUCCGUCACCGAGACCGGCUUGAUUGACGCUCCGCUGUUCGACAGCUCGACCUCGCAUCUCCAUCUUGGACGUUAAGAGUGAUAGAGGCCACCAUGUCGUCUCCCUUCUCAAUAAACGGCGGCGCCGCUGUCGCCAUGGUCGGUAAGGACUGCGUUGCCAUCGCUUGCGAUCUCCGACUCGGUGUCCAGGCCCUCACCGUCUCCAACAACUUCCCCAAGAUCUUCCAGUACGGCGACGUCUUCCUCGGCCUGACCGGCCUGGCCACCGACGUCAACACCGUCAGUGACGUCUUCCGCUACAAGACCAACAUGUACCGCCUGCGCGAGGAGCGCGACAUCGCCCCCCGCACUUUUGCCAACCUGGUCUCCUCGUCCCUCUACGAGAAACGCUUCGGUCCCUACUUCGUCUCCCCCGUCGUCGCUGGCCUCGAUCCCAAGACCAGUAAGCCUUUCAUCUGCGGCUUUGACAGCAUCGGCUGCAUCGACUUUGCCAAGGACUUCAUUGUGUCUGGUACCGCCUCGGAGCAGCUCUUUGGCAUGUGCGAGGGUCUGUGGGAGCCUGAUAUGGAACCCGAUGCCCUCUUUGAGACAAUCUCCCAGGCACUGCUCAACGCCGUUGACCGCGACGCCCUCUCCGGUUGGGGUGCGCACGUUUACAUUAUCGAGAAGGACAAGGUCACCAAGCGAUUACUAAAGGGCCGACAAGACUAGAGUGGCAUUUUGGGCAGGCUUGGGCACGCGGAAGACGGCGCCAGGGGCGGAAUUUGCAUCUUGUAUGAAUAGAUACACAGCCAAUAUCAAAGCUGGGUAAUGAGAGUGCACAAGCACAUCAA